AUGAUGUACACACGUCUUCUAUAUGCAUUGUUUUUGUUGGUCGAACUGGCGUUCGGAGCCAAUUUCUACGACCGUGAUGAGAAUAUCAUGGAAUUGACACCUUCUAACUUCGAUAAAGUCAUUCAUAGGACCAAUUACACCACUUUGGUCAUGUUUUAUGCUCCGUGGUGUGGUUACUGUCAGGAAUUGAAAGGUUCCAUGAAAUCUGCCGGUAAAAUCCUCUCUGGAAUGGUACAAGUUGCUGGAGUGAACUGUGAUGAAAGUGUGAAUAAACAAUUAUGUGCACAGAACAGAGUAUCGGGGUUCCCAACGUUAAUGGUAUUCAGGCCUCCAAAGAUCAAUUUGGAUAACCCAAAGAAAAAUUCCAAUGGUGCUGCGUCACAGCAUGCCACAGAAGUGUACAAGGGAGAAAGGAAAUUGAAGCCCAUUGUCGAUUUCGCUUUAUCUAGAGUGAAAAACUACGUGAAGCGGUUGAACCGUUACAGUAAGUUCGAAGAACUAUUAAAAUCUUCAAGAACCAGGUACGCUGUAGUGCUUAUCUCAAAGAAGGAGAAGAUUCCAACUUUAUAUAAAUCUGUAGCCCUCGAUUGGCUUGGGAUCUACGAUUUCUAUUCGAUCUGGGACGAGAAAUUGCAAGGCGUGUCACAAUUGAGUUUUGAGAACGAUACAAAGAAUUGGCCAAAUACUGUUAAAUACCUCCAAUCGUUAGAAAAAAGUGAAACUGAAUUACAAUCGCCCAGAAUCGUAGUGAUAGAUAGAGAAACAGAUACUUAUGACGAACUAGACAUAUUAAAAACUACAGAUAAAAAUGACAUUGCAACGUUCCUUUCGAAAUUCGAGUCAAAACCAAGGGAAGGUCCACUCAGUAAGAGACAAGAAUACCUCAAAUCUAUUUUGAAUAAAUCAAAGUCAAAGAAGUCCAAGACUAAAAAGAACAAACAGAAGACUAAACUUACGAAGGACGACAUAGUUCAGGAUGAGUUGUAG